AUGCCCGACGUUGGUCCCCCAACCGACCACAUUCAGACCUCUACCCCCAAAGAGACACUCAAGUUACUCUACGAUCUUGACGCACUGACACAGAUUCCAGAAGGGGAGUUCACCAAGGACAUUCCCCCACCGCAUAUAGGGGAGUUUACCAAGCCAGCUAGUAAAUCGACACCGACGCAAGAUGGGCAGCCUGGACCUUCGUCGGUACCGGGCGGCUCAGGAAACCAGGUUGAUGAUGAGGAGGAGGAGGAGGAGGAGGAGGAGGAGGAGGAGGAGGAGGAGGAGGAGGAGGAGGAGGAGGAGGAGGAGGAGGAGGAGGAGGAGGAGGAGGAGGAGGAGGAGGAGGAGGAGGAGGAGGAGGAGGAGGAAGAGAGCGACAACGAAUACGACGAGCGUCCUCCGCAUAGCACGAAUCCGCGCACCUUGGAAGAACGCCUCCGGCGGGAACUUGAAUACAUAGAUGACAUGCUUGAACAGGACGAGGACGAGCAGAACAUGGCGGUGCCACGCGAACAGUGGAGAGCAGCAGACUUCAUCGAGGACAACAUGGUUUACGCAAGCAUCGACGUGCUGGUCAUAGACGCCCUACGCCACCUGCAAACCUUGGAGAAGAAUAGCACGCUGAGGCUGUACACCUCGUUCAUCUACCACUACAAGAGCUGA